AUGGACACAAGUCCAUUAAAGCUUCAUUCAGAUCAAGAUAAGGGAGAUGGAUCACUCAAAUAUAUUUUAUCUGGAGAUGGAGCAGGCACUCUUUUUAUUAUUGAUGAGAAAACAGGUGACAUUCAUGCCACUAGGAGAAUUGAUAGGGAAGAAAAGGCCUUUUAUACUCUCCGUGCCCAGGCUAUUAACAGAAGAACUUUGAGGCCAGUGGAACCUGAGUCUGAGUUUGUCAUCAAAAUACAUGACAUCAAUGACAAUGAACCAACAUUUCCAGAGGAAAUCUAUACUGCCAGUGUUCCUGAAAUGUCUGUUGUAGGUACUUCUGUGGUGCAAGUCACAGCUACAGAUGCCGAUGACCCUUCGUAUGGGAACAGUGCCAGAGUCAUUUACAGUAUACUCCAAGGACAACCGUAUUUCUCUGUGGAACCUGAAACAGGCAUCAUCAGGACUGCUCUGCCAAACAUGAACAGGGAAAACAGGGAGCAAUACCAAGUUGUUAUCCAGGCAAAAGACAUGGGUGGCCAGAUGGGUGGAUUAUCAGGGACUACUACAGUGAACAUCACGCUGACUGAUGUUAAUGACAAUCCACCUCGAUUCUCCCAGAACACUAUCCAUCUUCGUGUUCCUGAAUCCUCCCCAGUUGGCACAGCCAUUGGCAGUGUGAAAGCAACGGAUGCUGACACUGGAAAAAAUGCUGAAAUAGAAUAUAGAAUUAUUGAUGGAGACGGAACUGAUAUGUUUGACAUCGUAACUCAGAAGGACACCCAGGAAGGCAUCCUUACUGUGAGAAAGCCUCUUGAUUAUGAAAGCAGAAGACUUUAUACUCUGAAGGUUGAGGCAGAAAACACUCAUGUGGAUCCACGUUUCUAUUACCUUGGGCCCUUUAAAGAUACUACCAUUGUGAAAAUAUCUGUAGAGGAUGUGGAUGAGCCCCCAGUUUUCAGUAGAUCCUCUUACCUAUUUGAAGUCCAUGAAGAUAUUGAAGUGGGUACCAUCAUUGGUACUGUGAUGGCAAGAGACCCGGAUUCUGCUUCUAGCUCCAUUAGGUUUUCCUUGGAUCGUCAUACUGAUCUUGACAGGAUUUUUAAUAUACAUUCUGGAAAUGGAUCGAUUUAUACAUCAAAGCCACUUGACCGUGAAAUAUCUCAGUGGCACAAUCUGAGUGUUAUAGCAGCUGAGAUCAACAACCCAAAAGAGACAACCCGUGUAGCAGUUUUUGUCAGAAUUUUGGAUGUCAAUGACAAUGCUCCACAGUUUGCUGUGUUCUAUGACACUUUUGUAUGUGAGAAUGCAAGACCCGGACAACUAAUACAGACUAUCAGUGCAGUGGAUAAAGAUGAUCCCUUAGGUGGACAGAAAUUUUUCUUCAGUCUAGCUGCUGUCAACCCAAACUUCACUGUCCAGGAUAAUGAAGAUAACACUGCUAGAAUAUUAACUAGAAAAAAUGGAUUCAGUCGACAUGAAAUCAGUAGCUAUCUCCUGCCAGUCGUGAUCUCCGACAAUGAUUACCCAAUCCAAAGUAGUACUGGUACGCUCACUAUUCGAGUUUGUGCUUGUGACAGCCAAGGAAACAUGCAGUCCUGCAGUGCUGAGGCUUUGCUCCUUCCUGCCGGUCUAAGCACAGGGGCUCUUAUUGCCAUUCUCCUCUGCAUCAUCAUUUUGCUAGUUAUAGUUGUGCUAUUUGCAGCUCUAAAAAGACAGCGAAAGAAAGAGCCUCUGAUCUUGUCUAAAGAGGACAUCAGAGACAACAUCGUGAGCUAUAAUGAUGAAGGAGGUGGAGAGGAAGACACCCAAGCAUUUGAUAUUGGUACUCUGAGGAAUCCUGCGGUUAUAGAAGACAAGAAGCUACGACGAGACAUUAUUCCAGAAACGUUGUUUAUCCCACGGAGGACUCCUUCAGCUCCAGAUAAUACAGAUGUCCGAGAUUUCAUUAAUGAGAGGCUAAAAGAGCAUGAUAUUGAUCCCACUGCUCCACCAUACGACUCACUCGCAACCUAUGCCUAUGAAGGAAAUGAUUCUAUAGCCGAAUCUUUGAGUUCACUAGAAUCAGGUACUACUGACGGAGACCAAAACUAUGAUUACCUCCGAGAAUGGGGCCCUCGGUUUAAUAAGUUAGCUGAAAUGUAUGGUGGUGGGGAAAGUGACAAAGACUCUUAACCUAGGAUACAUUUUCUGUUCCCUCAAGAACAAAUCAUUUUCCAGACACCACCUCUGCUCCUUUACAAUUUGACAUUCAGGAGAAUUUUCCUGCCACUCAGCACAAUAUUUUUUUUCCCUUUUCC